AAAAUAUAAUGGCAGAGAACAACAAAGAUUUAAAAUAACUUAAGAUCAAAACAGCAGCCCUCAAGAGAAUUCAAAAAGAGUUUUUCGGUUAUCAAAAGGAAGAAUUGAAAUAAAAUGAAAGAAUUCAGAAGCUUAAGAACUAAAAUGUCGAUGAAGCAGACAUCAAAAAACAAGUUCAAAUUUUAUUUUUAUAAUUUUAGGAGGAAGUUCUACAAGAAACAGUACAGAUGUAUCCCAAUAUUAUUGGAAGACUUGUUGAAUCUGUGAAUGACCUCUAAGUUUGGCUAGUAACAUACUUACGAAUAUAAUUAGGAUGGCAAGCUUAAUGAUCCUUUGAUUGAUACAAGUGAAGAAAAGACAAAGGCAUUGGAGGCGAUAACUGAAGCCUAAGAUUUCUUGAAGGCCAACAAUCCAGCUCAAUGAUUAGUUUGCAUUUUGUUAUCAAUAAAUUUAUUAGAG